GGCGCGCGGCGUUAUAUUCUGGGACUGAAGCAUCUCGUGUUCAUUCACCCCGAAGAUCCCAGCCGCUCGUGGAGCUCGCUGCCAUCUCCUGUCCGGGGCUGCGCUGCGGAUUCCCGGACAUAUUUACCAACUGUUUCAGUUUGGCUGCAGUUGAUUGAAGYAGAAGAGGUUCCACAUGUUCGUGGUUCCGUCGACACGCUGAGGGUUAGACCAAACGCUGCAGGUGGAAUAAAGUGUGUGAAUUUGGACCGGAUCCCGCUGUGARCAGAACUGGAUUUCUGGAUGUGUGUAAAAAGUAUWUGUAUAUAUUUUUGAUCAACUUUAUUUGUUCACCUGUGAAUCUGAAGCAAAGAACUGCUGGAGAUCAUCAGCCUCCGUUUUAUUUGAGUUUUSCCAUUAAGAUGUUUUUUCUGCUAGUGGGUUUUUAUUGGGAAUCUCUCUUGGAAAAGAUUUUGUGAUUUUGUCACUUAAAGUGACUUGUAUCAGAAGCACCAGACCGCACUCUUCAUUUAAUUUCUCUUAUGGUCUAAAACCUGACUUGAAUGUUGAGCUGGAGUCACCUCGUCUAAGGUUUUGGAGGCAGCUUUUCCUUCCAAGGGAUGGUUGAAAGCUGUGAGGACCAGGGAGCAGCAGCCCGGCUCCUGCACCGGAGUUUCGCCUCUUCGUGCUCAUGCAGCGGACCUGAGAGGAGAUGAAAGCCGCGGUCUUCCACCUCCUGACCGGCUACUUUUGCCUAUUACGCACCGCUGCCGAGGAGACUCCUCUCCCUCAGGAGCUGCUGGAGCGGCUAUCCCACAGCGAGAUCCGCAGCAUCAGCGACCUCCAGCGGCUGCUAGAAAUGGACACCGUAGAGAACGAGGUGAUCGAGGAGACCAAACACAGCCACCACAAGGACUUCUCUCACGUCUCCCCCACUCACAAGAAACCACACUUACACACAAGACAAAGGAGAAGCACCGUGGUGGAGGAAGCCGUGCCGGCCGUGUGCAAAGUGCGCACAACAAUUUAUGAAAUCCCGAGGAGUCAGGUGGAUCCCACUUCGGCCAACUUCAUCAUCUGGCCUCCCUGCGUGGAAGUGAACCGCUGCACCGGCUGCUGCAACACGAAUAACAUGAGGUGCCAGGCGGAGCGUAAACAGCUCCGUACUGUCAAGGUGGCGAAGGUGGAGUACGUGAGGCGGCGGCCCAAACUGAGGGAGGUGGAGGUGACACUGGAGGACCACUUAGAGUGCACGUGCAACAACAAGCGGCACAUCAGCCAAAACCAGGACAGAGAUAAUGGUAUCAGGUGAGCAGACAGGCAGAUGCUGCAGUGGAUGAGACAGAAAAUCCACCUCUGACUUCGUUACCACCCGCUGCGGAAGAGACGCAUUUUUCUCGAACCUGUGUGGGAUUCGUGUGACUCAUUUGAACCUGACGUGUACACUUAAGAGUUUGUUGCAAAAUAGCAAAUUCUCAAAAUCUUCCAAGCCCAGAGACGUACUUCGGACAGACGGAACAUUUCUCAACUCAGAGAAUGUGUGAUACGUUUCAUCGUUCAUCAAAGAACCAGCGGCUUUGCUUCUUCACCUGAACAGUAACAGCUCAGCACUAAAGAUCRCCAUCUGGUUGAAAUCUUUCUUUUUUUUUUUUUUUUCAAACAGUGACUGGCUUGAGGUUUUCUACUCCAACGUUUGUUCUUCCUCUUGUAAAACAUUCAUGUAUAUCCCCUGAUUUUUAUAAUCUUUUUUUUUAAAUGCUGUGGGGUUUUUUCUACUUCUGGUACUUUUUAUUCAUCACAAAUGGAAGCAGGAUUUUACUGAAUCAAAUAAAAAUAUUUAUAUAAAACACAAGUUGGUGUUGUUAUAUAAAAUCAGAUUAAUAGGGCUGGUUUUUAAAGUACAUGCAAAGCAACUGGGAGAUGAGUACAUGAUUUAGGAUGUGUCUCAAUUAUGGUUGUGGCUAUUAUGUAAUUUAUUUAAUUAGCAAAUUAGCACAUUGUAUCAAAUCACAAUCGUCAAUGUUUGUAAAAUCACAACGUACUGUUUGAUGCAAUAUUUGGUUAGAUGUAUUAUUUUAAGUGUCAUGCAGUAAAAUGGUGUUAAACCAUUGUCACCACUGG